AUGCGUGUCGCACAGAUCAAAGCAAAGUUAUUCAGAAGUCAAACGGUCGCUAGACAGCCUCAGGAUCUGGUCUCCUUCGGAACGCUCGUCGCCGGCAGCCCAUUCGCUCCAGAUAGACAACUCCCGGGGGGUCCGCUUCCAACGUUGAGUGUCACUGACGAAAGUAAUAUCCAUCCACUUUUCCGUAGCGACAGCCCGUCGCCGGCCCAGACGCCAACGCCGGGCACCAUUGUGAUUGCAUCAUCGGCGUCCGGGCAGACCAUCUCCGUGCAGACUUUGAACCGGGUCACGUCGGUACAUUCCCUUCAGGCUCAUCCACCACGAAGCCAGUCGCCGCUCUUUGAGCAAAUGGUUCAGCCGGCCAAAGCUGAGCCUAACGCGAAGGUCCUCUGGUGA